AUGCGGCGAGGAAUUCCGGUUGAGAACGGGCCUAAGGUGGUGACGGUCACGGGGACACCAGGGAUCGGCAAGUCUGUCUUCUACGCGUACUUCUUGGAGCGCUACAGCUACGAGAACGAGGACAUCACGAUCAUCACUGCCUCGUUCGCGAAAACCGAACGAUCGUCAACCAAGGACCAAGUCGUCGUAUUUAAAAAGGGCAAAGCAGUGGCCGUCGUGAAGGAUGUCCAGUCAGCAAUGGAUGCUCUCAUCCUGGAAACCGUGGAUGAAGCAGGGGAUAAGCUCCUGUACCUGUGCGAUGGCCCACCCGAUCAGAUCCCACGGGCUGCGCAAAUGGUCUGCUUCACGAGUCCAAGUGAGAGGUGCUUUGACACUCUCCGGAAGUGGCCAGCAUGUCCGAAGCUGUUCAUGCCAUUGUGGGAUCUCGACGAGCUCCAAACUGCUGCGGACGAGCUCGAGCUUGAGAUGAAUACGAUGAAUACCUGUUUUAACCGCGAGGAUGUUGAAAUGGACAGGGUGAUGGUUGCAGACCGAAUUGAACAGCGCUACCAUAUUUUUGGCGGAGUAGCUCGUGAAUGUCUGUCCACCGACGAAGCGUAUGUCAAUGGUCGACAAGCUUUCAUUGAGAAAACCAUCGCGAAUUUUGAUCAGGUGGACGAUGUGCGGCGCCGCCUUCGAAAUAUGGAGUCCAGUUUGGUCCACCACUGCAUUUGCUACUAUGUCCCCAACGCUAUCGAUCCGUCUAAAUACCAAAUUGCGGAGCCGACGGCAUUCGUUAAGCGGUUGCUGGUGCAGUGCUUGACAAAGUUGAUUUGA